AUGCCUUUCGUCUUCGACCCAGCUGCUAUAAUUGCUUCCCAAGGCCCUAGGACCCUCGGUGAUGAUGAUUCGGAAAGCAGAAACUUGAGUAAGUCGCAUCACUGCGAUCGACUAAGCUUCCCACUAAAUACAUCGACCGUAGACAGCGAAUCCUUAGAAUUUCGCGCGGCGACGUUCGAGAUAUCGCAUGAUUGUCUACAUUCCGAAUUGGGAUCGAUGAGGAUCUUGCUGCGGGAAAUUCAGUACGCUGAAUGGCCUUACAGACAAUUCCCAUAUGUUCCUGACUGCUUACUCGUCAUGUGCGGUUUCGCUUUGGCACAUGCUCUCGUAGUAGACGACAAUCCAAUAUACAAGAUUGUCUGGCGCACGACUCAAAAUGCAGCAUUGAGUUUGGGGAGUAAUCGUUUGCGUCUUACUUUACUUGUUGGCCUCGGGUUUUCGGGCAUGUGGUCUUUCUGUCGGGCGUGCAUAUUGGGGACUAUCAUCUGGUGCAGAUUUUCUUUGAAUGCUUUGAUCAAGAAGUUUGAGGCCGACCAGUUGGAUAAGCGGGAUUUUAAAGCAUUGGAUGGUUUCCAGUGGAGGAUGCUGUGGUUGGUCACCACCCAGCUUUGA